AUGUACAACCCAAGCAAGCGUACUAUCAAAAGAAGAAAGAGAACAGCUGUACCUCAGUUCUUACUGGAUCACUUUUCUGAAGACGUUCCAAUCAGUGGUUUGACUUAUAUACCCAUUGAAAGAACACCUGUUCCUGAGACGGAAUUUAACAGUCCACGGAUAAUCUACAUAUACCCGCGUAAGAAGCGAGCAAGAACCGCAGUCGCAGCUUCUACAUCGAACCAUUCUGAGAAUGUUACUGCUUCUCCUUGCGAUCUGGAGAUCGAGCUGCUCCCGGAUUCACAGAUUAACUUUUUGUAUGUGUAUGUAGCCUUAAAGUUUUUCGAGGUUGUUUUUUGUGAAUGCAAAACCAUCCCUGAACAAUUGGCUGAAAUGGGCAUGUUUCCUGGCUCCCUCAAAAACACACAAUUCGCUAUCCAUUUUGGACUGCUUGAAUUUAUGAGAAAUUUGCGAAAUGUUCUUGCGACCUCUGACCAAGGUUUGGUUGAUUUAUACAAUAAAGUAAACCCGGCUUCUGAAAAGCAAAUGACAAAGACAUUUUUCAAAAGUAUUUUCCCAGCAUACACCAAGCUGAUGAUGCUUGUUGAAGAUCGGGGUAAGAAUGUUUCUCCUGCAUCUAUUGGAUCAGAAGGUUUUUCAGCUUGCCCAAAUCAAUCGGAACAAAGAUUUAGUAUCGUUGACGUGUCUGACGAUAAGUUACUAGGAUUGAUGUUGAAGAAGAAUUGCGUUGACAUUACUGCUUUUCUUGAGACUGGUCACAAGGCUCAAGUCAAUAUUGCUUUGUUCCUUAUUAAGUUUACGCUUUUAUGUCGGCCGAAAGAGCUCACUGGUGCUACCAACAGAAAUCAUUUACAAAAUGAAAUCAACAGGCUAAAGCAACAAAUGGUUUAUAAAGAUACUAUCAAAGCUGAUGUUCAUCCAUAUCACAAGACAUCGACAUUACGCUUAAAAUCUGGCCAUAUCGUAACAACCUUGCUAAGGUAUUCGGGAUUGUUUAUGGGUUAG